AUGGCUUCAAGGUGCAUUGAGUUGGAGACCAAGGCUCUCGUUGAAAAGCGAGUUUUGAAGGCCAUUGAUGGGAGACAAAAGGUUCAGGACGAAAAUAAUUACCAAGUCUAUUCAAAAAGACAAGAAAUGUACCCAUUGGAGGAUCAGGACGAUCUUGAAGAAAUGGAAGGUGAACCAUGUCAAAGCGUUGAUAUCAAUUUUCAGAGAGUUGAGCUAAAUAACCCAGCUGAGUGUUCCUACAAAUACAGGGACAGACCCCGGUACAUUUCGUGGUCUUCGUGUCGUUCUGUUUCCUAUGUAUCAGAUCCUGGAGGUGGUUCUUCAGAAUAUAAGGGCACCCCAGAAAUGGCUGCAAAACAGGAAGUGAAGUCAGUUGGAGGGGAUGAUCCGAACAUUUCUGAAACCUUAAGGUACCAUCAGGCUGGAUUGAAUAUCAAUGGCCAGCAGGCAUUGUCAUCUGAACCUGGGAAAGCAAUCCACGUUCAAGUGGUGCCUUGUCGAGUCCACACACUGAGGUUCAGAGACCCUUCAGAAGCUGAAUACGAGCCAGCCUCUACACCAUGCUCUUGCAAAAAUCCGGUUGAAAAUAUAUCAGAAAACAGAGUCAAACGGGUUUUGGCCGUACCAGAGCUUGAACAUCUUGACAACAGGCAAAUUCGUCUGCCUCCAGUGUACACCUCUCGAAGUUCCACCUCAUUUCUGUUUGUGGGAGUCAAUUUCGUCUCACAGUUUCGUCGAGUGGUUCUACGAGUGAAGAGCAAAUUCAGAAGGUCCUCGUUAUUUGAAAAACGACUGAGCCGGAAGUAUGGGUUUUCCAGUGUUCUUGAGAAGCAACCACCUCAAGAUAGCUCAAUUGAGGAGGAAGGAACACUGGAUACAUUUUCCCAAAAGAGCUCGAUUGUCACGGUCGACCAGAGCUCAUCAGUAUGCCUAAAAGACGAGAUACUCCAGCUUGUUCUUCCCACAUUGAGUAACGUCUUCACAGCCUUAUUGAGCUACCAUGCUGAUGAUUCCCAAAGCCAGUACGAGCUGGCAGCAUACAAGCUAGUGGAAGAGCUUUGCCUUAAAAAAGCAGAAUUCUUCAAUCUUACUCCUCGGUGGGAGUAUCUGGCACUUUGUGUUUGUCUUGAUGACAGCCUUCUUGGGGAGAUUCUCUGGGAAUGCAUGCUUGAGGGAAAGAAGGCCGUUGAUGAGUACAGAGAGCGGAGGCUUGAAUUGGGGGAGUUUUAUGGAGAGCAAACUGUUGGAUAUACUUUGGAGGAGGAUGGUGUUGAAGAGGAGACUCUUGAUUUGUGUCUGUUUCGGGAAAGCGAGAUUAGAGAGGCAGGGACAGAAACGGAUAGAGCUGAGUCGAAUGAAGGAUCGAAUGAAGAGACAGGCGAUGGUAAUCCGUGGAAGGAGCCAUCGAUCUACCGUCUUGAUCCGUGCUAUGGCAUCAACAUUUGUUCUCUGAAUCAUAGUAUUGAGGAAGCGAAUGAUGAUGUCAAGGAUUGUGGUGAUCCCAAGGGCUUUAGCGCAACUUCAGACGGUUCUAAACCUCAAUUGAACGAUUUGAUGGAAUCUGAUCAGAGAGGCUUGGACUGUGCCGCUAGCAAUAUCGAGAAACCACCAUCUGUAUCACCAUCUGAUGUUGAUGUUCCAACCGAGAGACCAUCCGAUGUUGACGAUCCAAUUGAGGGUCCUUCUGAAGGAAAUCUCAAGGACUACUCGAUCUUGGAAAAACGACCACUGGCGCUGUCUUCAAAACAACAUCUGGAAUCUUUGAAACCUUCACAGCCUGAAAGUGGCUCACUCAAUGCCAGUCCCUCUGACAUCAACGAUCACACAGUUCACCCCAUCAGAAGCACCUCUCUCGAUCCACCUCAACGAAGCUCCAAUCCUCCAAUCCACAGAAGCAUCAAAAAGACCCACAACUUCCAUUCUGUCUCGCCCACCCACGGCACAUUCACUCACGACAUCUUCACGUCCGACUACGGCUUACAAGAAGAACAUCCCAGGUCAACGGAUCCGGAACAUCGUGAGCCAGUUUGA